UGCAAAGGGGAAAAUCGGGUCUGGAAAGGAAAGUAAAAAUGCCGGAGGUGAUCACGGUGCAGGAAUUUAUCCACGAGACCCUGGAGGACCACAGCUCGCCGACGACCUCCUCGUUCACCACCAGGAUGGGAAACUGCAGGAACACGGUGACUGCACUGGAGGAGACUUUAGACAAGGACAGGUCUGUACUCCAGAAAAUGAAGAAGGCAGUCAAAAUGAGAUAUACCUCAGGUCAAGAAGAUAUAUCCCUUCAGGAAACAUUCAUUAAUGAGCUGGAAAAACUUGUAGCUAAUUUCCAGAGUAAUGAAGAGUUAGUCCUGGCUGAAGCUUUCAGUAAAUUUGCGGAGUACUCCAGAGAGCUGCUGACGCCAAUGAGAAACCUGUUGCAGAGUGUGAACCAUAUUGUAUUUUUCCUGAACUCUCUGCUGAGAGGAGAACUGAAAGGAGUCAAAGGGGAUUUAAAGAAACCCUUUGAAAAAGCUUGGAAAGAUUAUGAAGGCAAAUUUACUAAAAUUGAAAAAGAAAAAAGAGAACUUGCAAAGCAGUAUGGAAUGGUACGAAUUGAGGUGACUGGAGGUGAAAUAGCAGAGGAAAUGGAAAAAGAACGGAGGAUGUUUCAGCUACAGAUGUGUGAGUAUCUGAUAAAAGUGAAUGAGAUAAAGACGAAAAAAGGAGUGGACUUACUGCAGAACUUCACCAACUAUUGCCAUGCACAGUUUAUUUUCUUUCAAGAAGGUUUGAAAACAGCUGAAAAGAUUCGGCAUUACGUUGAAAUGCUUGCAGCAGAUUUACAGAACAUUAAACAGAACCAAGAAGAGGAAAAGAAGCAGCUAUGCAGUCUUCGAGAUCAGCUCAAACCAUCUUUACAAUUAGACCACAAGGAGGAUUCUCUGAACCGCCAGUCUGUUUAUAGUAUGCACCAACUUCAGGGCAAUAAGCAGUAUGGUACUGAAAAAGUAGGAAUCCUGUACAAGAAAAGUGAUGGGUUGAGGAAAGUUUGGCAGAAGAGGAAAUGUAUCAUAAAGAACUGUUACCUCACCAUAUCACAUGGAACACCAAACCGACAGCCAGCAAAGCUCAACCUCCUGACCUGUCAAGUGAAGCCUAGUUUGGAAGAUAAAAAAUGUUUUGACCUCAUUUCACAUAACCGCACUUAUCAUUUCCUGGCAGAUGAUGAGCUGGACUGUAUGGCGUGGAUUUCUGUUCUAACCAACUGCAAGCAAGAAGCUCUAAAUAUGGCUUUCCAUGAAGAGCACAGCAGUGCAGAGAGUAGUAUUGAAGACCUAACCAAAGCCAUCAUUGAAGAUAUCCAACAUAUGCCAGGGAAUAGCGAGUGCUGUGAUUGUGGAGCUGUAGGUCCAACUUGGCUUUCCACCAAUCUCGGAAUCCUGAUUUGUAUAGAAUGUUCUGGAAUUCAUCGGGAGAUGGGUGUGCAUUACUCUCGAAUACAAUCUCUCUCAUUAGACAAGCUUGGAACCUCUGAACUCUUGUUGGCAAAGAAUGUUGGAAAUUCAAAAUUUAAUGAACUUUUGGAGGCUAAUCUUCCAAGUUUAUCUGUAAAACCAAGCACAGACAGUCCCAUGACAAUGCGAAAAGAUUACAUUGUUUCAAAGUAUGUAGCUCGUCAAUAUGUGAAACAGAGCAAUGGCACUCCUGUGACAAAGCUGAAUAAUUUACAUGUUGCUGUGAAAGGCAAGGAUAUAUUUGCACUGAUACAGGCCUAUGCAGAAAAAGUCAACCUCAGUGAAUCACUGGCGUUAUUUGAUCAGGAACCUGGAGAGACCGCUCUUCAUCUCGCCAUACUUCAUGCUGAUCGCACCUCCCUGCAUAUUGUGGAUUUUCUUAUUCAAAACUGUGGGAACCUCAGCAAGCAGACAGUGAAAGGAAAUACAGCCAUUCAUUAUUCCUGUCAACUCAAUAAAACAGAAUGCCUCAAACUCCUUCUGAAAGCCAAGGCUAACACCACUAUUUUAAAUGAAGAUGGGGAGACUCCAAUGGACAUUGCUCGAAGACUGAAGCAUCAAUAUUGUGAAGAGUUGUUGACUCAGGCAAAAUUAAACCAAUUUAAUCUCCAUACUAAUGUGGAGUAUGAAUGGCGACUGGGACAAGAAGAUAUAUAUGAGAGUGACGAUGAUCUAGAUGAAAAGGGACCUGUUAAGAAAGAACGCUCUCCUAGGCCGUAUAGCUGUUUCCAACCUGCCAGCACUUCCUCUCGGAGCCUAGAGAAGCCUAAUACAGCGGCCAUCAGCAGAGACUCUACCUACCUGCCAAGAGAGCGCCGGCAUGAGCAGCUCUCAGGAUGGACCAGUCAGCCACGUAGUCUGGAAUCUCAGCUUUCCUCUCCUUCGUCAGAGGGUCCACCAAUUCCUCCCAGAAUCCCCAUCAGAGCUCCAAGUGUUCCACCACCUCCACCCCCACCAUUUGCUGUCCUCGCUCCUCCUGCUGGAACAGCAGCUUUUAUCUCAGAAAGUCCAUCAACAAAGAAACGACCACCCCUACCUCCACUCGUAACGAAACAUAAACGGACGCUAUCUGAACCUACACCAGCUGUGCCUCCUAACCCAUUGAAUCGCAAGCAGUCUUCAUUUGAUUCUACUCCGCCAUCCAGUCCAUCUGCUACUAUGGUGGAUAGAUUUUCACCAAAAUCAAGUAUUGGCUCUCCAAAAAUCUCACCUGGUCUUCAUUCUCUCCCAGAGUUACCAGAGACAGUGGUUCAGAAGAAAUCAGAACAAAUCUACUCCAUACCCAAAAAAUCCCCAAAUACUUCAGACGUCAGUCAGAGGUCACCAUGGUCCACUAGUUCACCUUUAAGACCUUCGUUUGCAGAACCAAACAAUGAUACUUAUGCUGUGCCUGGAAACCCAAUACCACUCCCCCGUAAAGUAAAUGUGACAAAACCCAGAAUUCGUAAAGGAAGAGCCAUUUACAACUGCACCGCAGAUCAUCCUGAUGAACUUACAUUCGAGGAGGGAGAGGUGAUUGUAGUUAUUGGAGAGGAAGAUAAGGAGUGGUGGAAUGGCUACAUAGAUGGACAGCCUCACAGGAAGGGUCUCUUCCCAGCCUCCUUUAUCCAGUUGCAUACAAGCUAACAACUACCAUCCCUCAGGCAGGGAUGUUAAAGAUAUACGAUAAGACCAACGUUAUUCGCUUCUGCCAAAUUAUUUUCUCCUUGAGAGCUAGAAGCGUUUAUCGAUUUUACUGAAAGGUAUUCAUCACCUGGAAGCUAUCUUUGUGACCAUGAAGAGUGAGCCGGCAGCCCUCCUGUGGGGAAAAGUUACAAUGGUUCAUCAGGCAGUUUGCUGAAAGCCUAACGUGUGGGUCGCCUUCAGGAAAGAUCCAAAUUGCUGCUUUAAGGCAGGUGAUUGUUUACUUAGUGUGACAAUAAAUGUGCGUCUUACUGUAACUUGCUAAUACUUGUUGGUAUAUAUAAAAAAAUCUUUGUUUCCAACCAGUGAAAUAAUUCAGUAAUGUGUUUGAGGAUUUGGAAUGGUCAUCAAACAGCAUUGUUGUAAAUUAGCCAAAUAUAUAUGGAAAAAGCCUAUUCUUGUUAGAAAUGAUUGUGUGGUAAAGUGGUCAAAGACUGACAGGUGUCAAGAAGACAGGAGCAACUCUCUCCCUGUCACUAAUUCCACUUUGGAAUGUCACUUGUAAGCAAACAGCAAUCGUGACAAUCUGUACCUGCAAGCAGCCACUUGUGUGGAAGGGAACAAAGAAUGUAAGGAAAUUAUGAGGAAGUAUGUGGACUUUUAGUUUUUACAAAAAUGGAAAGUAAUAAUUUUUCAAAUGUUACAUGUUCAUGUCAAAUAUUUUAACAAGAAAAUCAAUUCCUAAACUAUUCUUUAAAAUAUGGUAGGUGUUAAAUUAUCAAAACCAGAUUAGGCUUGUGUUACUGUGCAAUAAGUGUGCAUGUAUGGAUGGCUGAAGUUCAUGAUAUGGAUCAGGAUUGAAAUAAAAAGUGUAUUUGAUUGUAAUCUUCACCCCUCCAAAUAAAUGGCACCAGAAGGAAGAAGGAGUGGGAGUGGAUGUCCGUGGUAUUCCUAGUUUAAUGCUGGAAAUGCUGCCCAGAUUUUUACUGGGUGGAUUUGUAUAAGGGAGCUACCUCUCCGGAGCAUGAACUGCUUUUCUUUUUGAAAUUGGUAUUUAAGUCUCAUGAAGAGAUAUCAGAAGUUCAGCAACACCAUCUAGAGUUUAAAGCAAUCAUGAGAGUGAUUUGUGCAUUUCGCUUGUGUAAAAGCACGCUACUGUGUGUGCAGUAACUGGUGAAUUGGACAGUGAAUGGAUUUUUAUAAAGUGAAGAUCCCACACCCAUGGACAAAAAAAAGACUGAUAUUGGCAUCAUAAAUUAGAAACUACGCAUUGAUAGCGGAUGUGCAGUCAGAACAAUUAUGAAAUUUACCUCCAAGUCAAGUAGUGAUUCCAUUUAUCCCAACAGUGCAUUUGUUCAGACACACUCUGCAGAUGCAGCUUGAAUUUACUGUUAAUCUAAAAAUCGAGUGCAAAUGUUGAUUAUACAUGGUUGAUAUGAAAUCUGAAAUCAUGUCGCCACAUCAUUUCACAGAAAGCAGUAAAUGAUUUCUGUUAAUUUAGUCUAAACAUGACACACAUAAAGUGUUGACAUUUGCCUUGUGCACAUUCUGCCACAAUGCAAAUAUCAUGGUGAGGUUCAUGAUCAUUUAUUUGUUCCCAGACUGGACUCCAUGUCUCUGAAUGAAAAUAGGAACCCGAGUUAGGAUCAGUAUGAAAUGGAUUGGUGCAAUCUAGAGCUAUGAAACUGUUGUUUUUUGUUGUUUUUAUUAAGUUUUGAUGAUUCCAGAUCACUCCAGGAUUCUGAUUGCUGUCCCUGCAAAGUGUACUAAAUAUUUUCUUAAGUGUAUUUUAAAGGUGAAUCCCACCUUCACUAUCAUUGUGAAUAAAUUGAAAGCUCAGUGAUUGACUUGAUUAUUGUGUCCAGCUCUCCAGUUCAGAUAUUCUCCAACUUCUUACCAAACAAAAGUUUCCAUUUGGAGUACUGAGAAUGUGAUAACCAAAAAGGGCUUUUACUGUGAUAUUUCACAAAAGGUUAAGUGUGCUCUCCUCCAAAGGCAAGCACCAUGUUACCAGCUGGAUCAUGAAUGGAAUUUACUUACAAAGUUUAUAGCAACAAAGAAAAACACACAGUAGAUAAUUGAUGAAAUAAUGGUCAACUUGCAUACUACGUUCAUUUAUUUCCAAAAAUAAAAAUAACAGUAUUCAAAAUCUAAGUUUCAUUCAGAAUAUCCUAGCUUGAGUCUUUCAAGGUCAGAACUUGAACACAUUUCUGUUCUGGAAUCCCACUUGAAGCAAAUGGUGAAAGGAGACAUUUGCAAUCAGACCCUACUUUACACUUUCCCCUAGAUAAAACACCUUGCUUGAUGUGAACAGAGCCUUCCUGUAUUUCUGGGUUCAGACUCUCAUCUAUAUGUCACCCCUCGUGACUAUAUCCUGGAGACAGGAAGAUGAAACCACUUUUGCCACUUUAUGGUGCCUUCCCCCACCUCACCCCAAUUUCUUGGAGCUGUUUCUGCAGGAUAUCCAAAGCUUUAUCCACUCAGCCAAGAAUUAGCCAACAUAGAUAGACUGCUGGAACUGGCAUUAAUUAUGCUAAUGGACCAAUAAUACUUCUCCAAAAUUAAAUAAUCUUCAGGCUGUCCAGAACUUUUCUGCCUGCCAUCUAACGUGACAUCUUCACAUUUGUCUGUCUGCUCCAAGCUCCAUUUUCCCAUUACCUCUCAUCUUGCUAAUAUCCAUUCGCUCCCAGAACCCUGACACCUCAAAUUUAAAUUUGUGCCCAUCCAUUGCUAAACUCCCUGUUGCCCUGACUCUACUUGUAGGUUCCUCCUCCUCCCUUCCUUCACCACUAACAAGGUCUUCAGCCUAAAUGCCGUACUCUAUAUUUCCUCGCUAAACCUUUCUGCGUAUUGGCUUUUAAGCCUUUUAUAAAAUGUAAUUGAUUCAUCUUUAGUUGAACCCUUAGUAAUGUUAUGUUAUAUUGGUCAACAACCUUUUUCUCCCCCUCCCAAUAUUUCUGUGAAGCACCAGGGAGUGAUAUUUCCUAAUGAAAGUGUUCUCUAAAGGCAGAUGUUUAUUUAAUUUGCAACUGUUCCCAGCACAGUCCUGCUGCUGUGCCCGGAAUUCAGGGCAUCUAACCAUUUUUGGGGAGCUUCCACACUGCAGGGCCAGAGGAGGGUGAACUUUCUAAGACCACCAAAAGAUCUCCAGACCUAGUGUCCUGAUGAAGGGUCUCAGCUCGAAAUGUCGACUGUUCAUUUCCCUCCAUAGAUGCUGCCUGACCCACUGAGUUCCUCCAGCAUUUUGUGUGUGUUGCUCCAGACCCAGUGUUCCUGCUGACUCUGUAAGGAAGGUAGCAUUUACCCUCUUCACCACUGAUAAUCCAGCUGCCUGAGAGACGUGGAUUAACACCAAGUUUCUCUGGUGUGCCUUAAAUGGACUGUCAGCCAAUGAAGAGGCAGGAAAUGAAGUUUGUGGUACCGUCAGGUCCCUCUUAUAGGCUGAUCCUGCCUGAACCUCCUCUACACACAGCCAUUCCUCUUUGUUAAUAAGAAUGCAAAGGGUCCAGAACAUGCAAAUUGAUUUUAAAAGCAGAAAGUACAAAGUAUAUUCUACUUACAGUAUUUGUGUGUUCAUUCAUUGAGCCUAUGGAGGCACUCCAUUGUUUGUUGGCAAUCUCUUCAGAGGUUCAGCAAGUUCCUGUGAGUAAAUAUUCAGAUUGUAACUGCUUACUGCAACAAAAACGUUGAUUCCACAAUAGUACUGUGGGCAAACAAAAUAGAGAAUUAUGGCUUUGUUUAUAAGAACAUAGACAAUGCAGCAAGCAGGGACUCUAGAGACAGCCUGGGUUAUUACAUCCUUUAACCUGUUCACAAUUUUAAUAGGAGGUGAUGUUCUUUAAAACAAAGGAAAAGCUUGCAACAAUAUAGUGCCUUCCCGCAUCUCAGAAACAAUGCAUUUUCACACAUACAUUAAUUAGUUUGAAGCAUGACAGUAGGUCUUAGUUAAGCAACCUUAUUGCAUUUGCAGUUGCUCAAUAUUAAAGACUAUCAUACAGUAUUUAUUAUGCCAAAUGGUUUAUUUUGCAAACCUUGUUAAUAGAUUUUGUUUCACUUUCACUGUGUUCUAUGUACAUGUUGAUGUAUCAAGCAUCUGUGGCAUACUUCAUUUCUACUUUGUUUUUACUAUUGUAUCAAAGAAGAAUCAUGUUAUUUUUGCAAAAAGUGUAUGAUGUUACUUAAAACUGUGUUGAAUCAACUGUGGUAUUUGUAACAAUUAAAAGUAAUGUAAAGAC